GGGGCCAUGGCGGUGGACAUCACGCCGCUCUUCAAGGCCAGCGUGAAGACGGUGAAGACGCGGAACAAGGCCCUGGGGGUCCCGCUGGGGGGCGGCGGCGGCGGCGGCGACGACCACCCCCUCCUCCUCCUCAAGCGGGCCAGCAACGCCCGGCCCAAGGGCGACUUCUCCGGCCGGGCCCGCGAAGUGGUCAAUAACAUAGGAAAACUGAAAGAUUUUCUUCUGCAAUACAGGAAAGAUUACAUUAAUGCCUACAGCCAUGUCAUGUCUGAAUAUGUGCGAAUGACGGACACGGAGCGGGAUCAGAUUGAUCAGGACGCCCAGAUAUUUAUGAGAACGUGCGCUGAUGCCAUCCAGCAACUCCGGACAGAAGGCAAGUCUGACAUCCAUUCCCCACAAGUGAAGCAGCACAGAGAAGCAGUCUUGGAUUUCAUUGAAGACUACUUAAAAAGGGUCUGUAAGCUGUAUUCCGAACAAAGAGCUAUCCGGGUCAAACGAGUUGUUGAUAAGAAAAGAUUAUCCAGGCUUGAGCCUGAGCAGAGCAAUAAAGCCAAAGUAACCUCCUCUCCUGAAAGAACUGUCCAGACAGCGUCCGAAGAACAAGAGGACAGACUCCUAUGUGAAGAAAACAAAGAUAAGAAUGUGAUAGAAGACCAUGCUAACUUUGGCAUUUGGGCAGAUGGUAAAGGAGAGGAUGAGCUUUCCCCUGAAGAAAUCCAAAUGUUUGAGCAAGAAAACCAGCGUCUGGUUGGUGAAAUGAACAGCCUAUUUGAUGAAGUCAGACAAAUUGAAGGAAAGGUGGUGGAAAUAUCUAGACUCCAAGAGAUAUUCACAGAAAAUGUCUUAAAGCAGGAGGUGGAAAUUGAUAAUAUCCAUCAGCUGGUUGUGGGCGCAACAGAGAACAUCAAGGAAGGCAAUGAAGACAUACGGGAGGCCAUCAAGAACAAUGCUGGAUUUCGUGUGUGGAUCCUCUUCUUCCUUGUGAUGUGUUCCUUUUCUUUGCUGUUCUUGGACUGGUAUGGCAGCUAACCCAGGCACAUUAAUUGUGCUUGUAAACCACAACUGAAGUCAGCA